GUCGCUGCUGCAUCACCUGCAUCGAUAUUAUUGUUUUUCAUGGAUUAAUCGCAAAGAAAGAAGAGUGAAUAUAUUUAUCCGAGACAAUCAAAAACCGAGAAGCCUGAAAAUGAAAUGACACAUUUACCCCGAGUGGACUUUCACUGCUCCUCGUCUUCUCCUCCUCCUUCUUCUUCUUGUUGUGAUCCCACAUCGGACGCAUCGGCUGCUUGUUUCUAGUUUUUACGUGUUUUAUCCCUUCUGAUGUCCACCUGUUACCGUCAUUUUCUGACCUGCAGACACACUCACCACGGAGCGUCACAUAAACCCAGCCACUACUGAGAUGGCCCGAGCCGAGACCAUCGAGAACGUCGGGGAAACCGGCGGUGGAGGAAACAGCCCUCUUCCUCGCCCUGGCACCUGCCACAUGGAGCUGCCGGGCCCCUUUAACACCUGGAGCCAAGUGCACCCUCUUCAGGCCUUCUACCUGUCGUCGUAUCAGCUGCAUGCGCCCCCUCCCCACCCAGAGGGCCAGGACGAGCCCCUGACUCAUCAGCAUGUAUCUGCGCCGUCCUCAGCGCCGCCCCCUCCUCCUCCUCCUUCUUCGCCGCCCUGCAACCGAGGCACAUUUCAACCAAGCGCCUUUUUGGGAGAGCGUUCAGAUUUGGACAGAGUGGAGCUCAUGGAGGCCUCCAGGCGACAGGGACCUCUGCCUGACCUGCUGCCCCAGAAUGAGCACUCAUCCUGGGCUUCACAGCAUCACAGAGCCAGCAUGGGAGAGCCGGAGCUGGAAGUCAGGAGACUGGCCAGUCAGCUGAGGACGAUUGGGGAUGAAUUCAACACCACAGUCCUCCGGAGAGUGCACGCUGAUCCCCAUCGGCAAGACUGGAGGGACAUCUGGCGAGGCCUCCUCAACUUCAUCAACCAGACUCUCAGCACUCUCUACAGGCUCACAUAGACAGGAGACGGUUCACCUGCAAGGCACUGGGUAACCAUGGCGACUUGAACAACACCCCCCCCCCCCUCAAACUGGUUGCUGCUGUUAUCUUCUCAAACUGAAGAAGACUAAAUGUGGCCUGAAAUCGAACAUUUUCUCGAACAAAAAGGCGGAGGAGGACUCAGCAGCCAAAGGGUGUCGGUGCUCGCCCAGCCUGUGGAAACUGGACCGUUCCCGUCUGUCAGUCCGUCCGGCAGCUCGUCUGCUGGUACAGACCGCAGCUUCUCACUAUCGUGUCUUUAUUUUUGCAUCCUGUGAUCCCAUUCUUGUGAAACUGUGAAAUCUGGACGCUGUGGGAUGAAUUGGGUUAAGUUAUUCCACUAUGGAGCAAAGCACAGCGAGUGAACUUCUCUCCUAAUCUGCUUCAUUUCAAACAUUACCACGUGCCUUUUUUCUUUAAAAAAAUUUGCUCUCAGCGCUCUGUUGAGGUCCAAUCCAAUUCUGCGACACCUCGAUAAUCAGCUGCGUAUAAAACACACAUGCAAAGCAAUACACUCACAGACACACACACACAAACACACACACACAUACAUACACACACCCUCUUUAAGUACUUUGUUUGCAGUCACUAAACUCAACAAGUGUAAUUUGCCUACAUUCAAAUGUCCCAGCUUCAGCAUGGCUUAAGGUUAUUCAAGAACGUAUCUUAAUGUCCGUCAACCACCACACACACACACACACACACACACACACACACACACACACACACACACAGACAGGGAAUCGCCACUGUACAUUCCUCCACGCCGUUCAUACUGCCAACGUUGGGAGCUGGCAGCGUCGACAGUGUUCAUAGUUACGUGACCACUUGUAAAUAUCCUUUCGGAAGAUAAAGUCUAACAAUUUAAUGGACUUGAGAAGUAUUUAUCAAAGCAAGAGUUUCGCUGCGUUUUGGGAGAUGUUUGUUUUAUAUUUCUGAGCAACCAUCGGGCGACAGCAGAGCGAGUUUGAAUUUAAAUCCAGUGGAUUUGAUGGUAAAGCAGUUUAAGAAAAUUACAUGAUUUGGAUCUUUUUGUUUGCAAGUAUUUGAUGAUGUUUGUUAGAAAAAGAAAAAGAAAAAAAAGAAGACUCCCCCGGUUGUGCGAUUACAUUCACUGUAGUUUGGGACAAAAAUGUUUAUCGCUCAUAUGAAGAGCAUAAUUUAUUUUGGAAAGUAGCCGUCUGUAGCUGGUUAUUUGGUUCAUUGAAAGUUUUUUUUGUUAUAUAUAAAUAUAUAUUAUAAAAUUUUUUAUUUAUUUUCUUUCCUUUACAUUCCUGAUUUCAAGCUAUGAAAUAAGCUGUACUCAAGUUGUAACUGUUAAAACUGAGAUGAAUUGAUUAAGAUGAAGGUUAAAGUUGUCACUUAAAGAACACACUGAAAGCAGAUACAUCACUAAAAAACAAACUAUGGGUUUCAUCUUAAAGGUUAUAUAUCAGCUUUGGAAAUUGGUACCCCAUUACUCAAGAUAAAUAACCAGAUUUGAUUAUUUAAAAUGGUACUCUGCUAAAACAAUGGUCUUACUACUGUUACAUUUACAUUCAUUCAGAGACAUUUCUUUUAUUGGCUUUGUCUUUGGUUGUCUCUAGCAUCAGAAGCUGAAAGUGAUAUAUUGGCUUUCCGAGUGUAUUAAAGUAGAUGGAAAAGUACAAAAAAUGCUCCAUAAUCACUAAAAGCAUCACAGACUGUGACCAAUACUCAAAAGUGGUUAAACACACUAAACUAAACUGAACUGAGCUGAUAAUUGAAUUGAGUGUUCAUUAUCUAAAUUAGGCCCGUGUGAUCCAGGACAGAGCUCGUCCUACUGGUGCCACACAUGCUAAAAAAUAAACAUUCACGUACUGUAAUGUACUUUUGAUUUAAGUGUCCGCUGAAGGGAGUAUUUCAACUUUGAUUUCAGAAAGCGUUUGACUGACCUUUCAUUUAAAAUGCCUCAAAAACUCAAUGGGGAUGUGACUGUCUUUCACUCUGUUUUUGGUUUUCCCGUGUACAUUAAACCACUCUCACUUUGGCCUCUGCUACACUGGUUUAUAUGUUUUUUUUUAGCACAGGGCAUUGUGUGUUUUCUUGAAGUUAUACUGAUACCAGAGCCUAUACAUGCACAGCUAACGUGGGGUCACGCUGAAUACAAGACAAACUGUUGUCAGCACAAUAAGACACUCGUUUACUGUUUUGUAUAUUCAUAUUUUUUAAACUGAUGGCAGAUAAAAUGUUGACAAUCGUUUUGUACGUUUGCUAGCAGUGCUUUCAACCACAUCUGAUCGCCUCUGGCCACCUGACUCUCCGAGCACUCACAGUUGCUCCCUUCCUGGUUGUUUUUUUGUUUUGUUUUUUUCAUGUCAGAGUGCACUUCCUGGUUCAGGGCUCGCCUCC